GAACUACCGGCGGCCGGAGGAAGCGGGGGCGGCGGGGCCGGGGCCGGGAGCGGGGCAGAGUCCCGGGAUCGGGAUGCGGCCGCGGCCCGGGACGCCGCCUCGUUGCCCGGAGCGACGCCAUGCACCCGGCCGUGGCGGUGGGGCUGGUGUUCGGCGGCUGCUGCAGCAACGUGGUGUUCCUGGAGCUGCUGGUCAGGCGGUUCCCGGGCUGUGGGAACAUCGUGACCUUCUCGCAGUUCCUGUUCAUUGCCCUGGAAGGUUUCGUCUUCGAGGCCAACUUCGGCAGGAAGCGCCCGGCCAUCCCCAUCAGGAACUAUUUCAUCAUGGUGGCCAUGUUCUUCACCGUCAGCGUGGUCAAUAACUACGCCCUGAACCUCAACAUCGCCAUGCCGCUGCACAUGAUCUUCCGCUCGGGUUCUCUCAUAGCAAGCAUGGCUCUAGGGAUCAUCAUCCUGAAGAAAAGGUACAGCGUGUCCAAGUACAGCUCCAUAGCCCUGGUGUCCCUGGGCAUCUUCACCUGCACCUUCAUGUCUGCCAAGCAAGUGGCAUCUGACUCCAGCUCACAUCAAGAGGAUGGACCCCAGGCUUUCCUCUGGUGGCUGCUGGGCAUUGCUGCCCUCACCUUUGCCCUGCUGAUGUCUGCCAGGAUGGGCAUUUUCCAGGAGACACUGUACAAGAAAUUUGGGAAGCACUCCAAGGAAGCCUUGUUCUACAACCACGCGUUGCCGCUCCCUGGAUUCCUGCUCCUGGCUCCCAACAUUUACCAGCACGCCGUGCUCUUCAGCCAGUCUGAGCUGUUCCAGGUGCCGGUGAUCGGCCUGACCCUGCCCAUCAUGUGGUUCUACCUCCUGAUGAAUGUCAUCACCCAGUACGUCUGCAUCCGCGGCGUUUUCAUCCUGACCACGGAGUGCACGUCGCUGACGGUCACCCUGGUGGUGACGCUGCGCAAGUUCGUCAGCCUCAUCUUCUCCAUCCUGUACUUCCAGAACCCCUUCACGGGCUGGCACUGGCUGGGCACUGCCUUUGUCUUCGUGGGCACCCUGAUGUACACGGAGCUCUGGAGCAGCCUGGGGCCGCUCCUGGCGCGCUGCCGCGGCCGGGGCCGGCCCGAGGAGCGCAAGGAGCAGUGAAUCCAGGGAAUUCCCGCAGGGAGCUUUUGGUGGUUUUCCAGAGCAGAGCAGCAGGGAGCCCUCCUGUCCAGGGGGUGUUUUUGUACCAGGGGAGGUGUUGGCUGUGCCAAGCUCCGGGAGAAUUGGGGAGCCUGCACUGGGAACUUGGGGAAAGAAUCAUGGAGAAACAAUCCAGGCAUUUUUUGCGAGUUGGCAUUUUUUUAGGUGACCCCUUUUUGCUUCCAAUUUUUCCUCUUUUUUUUUUUUUCUUUCCCAUUGGAAUAACCGUUUUUAAGGAGAAGCUGAUCCAGAGCUUUGUUGGGAGCCCAGCUUCCAUGGCUGUUGCCUUGGAUCAGCUGGACCCUGAGCCAGUUUGGUGCCGUCCUUGAAUGGCCCCAGUGUCUGGAGCUGAUGGCUGAGCCCCAUUCCAGUGGGAAUCCCUGAUCCCUGCGCUGGCAGGAUGUGGGAUGCAGCCCCAGCUGCAGCUCCCAGUCUGCCCAGUGCAUCCUGGGUUUCCUCUCCCCGUUCUCCUCCCAUCCCUUGGGAUCAGCGUUUGUGCCAGCCUGGCUCAGGCUGCCUGUCCCUCAGUGUCACCCCUGGCUGCUUUUCCUGGAGCUUCCCUGCGGUUUUUCUGGAGCAGUUCCCGUGGUGGAGCUGCUGUCCCUGCUCGGCUGGGACAGUGGAGGCAUGGAGGGGCUUUAACAGCAAAGGAAAAAUGAUGGAAAAAAUUCCCAAAGUGAUGGAAAGGCAGCACCUCCCUGGCAUUCCCUGAGCCAAGGCCACCUUUCCAAAACUUCCUCCCUUUAUUUUUAUCAGCUGCUUGGGAUAAUCCCUUUCCCAGCUUCCCAUGGCCUCAUCCUUGCUGGGAGGCAGGGUGGGAAAAGGGAAAGGCUCCAUGCUGUGCUGGGAGCUGGUUUAGCCCCAGCCCCAGAUCCCAGUGUGGGAAAAGGGAAUUCCAUCCCGCCCAGAGCCGGCGUGCUGCUGCCAGGACCUGCAGCUGCAUCCUAACGUCCUGAAGGAUUUUUUUUUCCCAGUUCCCAUUUUUUCCUGAGCCUGGGAUUGUUGGAUCCAGGAAUUGUAGGAUCCAGGGAUUGUGGGAUCCUGGGAUUGUGGGAUCCAGGAAUUGUGGGAUCCUGGGAUUGUAGGAUCCAGGGAUUGUGGGAUCCAGGAAUUGUUGGAUCCAGGGAUUGUUUUAUCCAGUGACUGUAGGCUCCAGGGAGUGUUAGAUCCUAUUGUAGGAUUCAGGGAUUGCAGGAUCCAGGGGCUGUAGGAUCCAGGGACUGUAGGAUCCAGGGACUGUAGGAUCCAGGGAUUGUAGGAUCCAGGGAUUGUGAGAUCUUGGGAUUGUUUUAUCCAGGGGUUGUGGGAUCUUGGGGUUGUUUUAUCCAGGGACUGUAGGAUCCAGGGGUUGUUUUAUCCAGGAAUUGUUGGAUCCAGGAAUUGUUUUAUCCAGGGACUAUGGGAUCCAGGGAUUGUAGGAUCCAGGGGUUGUUUUAUCCAGGGACUGUAGGAUCCAGGGAUUAUAGGAUCCAGGGAUUGUAGGAUCCAGGAGUUGUUGUAUCCAGGGGCUGUAGGAUCCAGGGAUUGUAGGAUCCAGGGUUGUAGGAUCCAGAAAUUGUUGGAUCCAGGGGUUGUAGGAUCCAGGGGUUGUUUUGUCCAGGGAUUGAUUGUUUUAUCCAGGGACUAUGGGAUCCAGGGAUUGAUUGUUUUAUCCAGGGGCUGUAGGAUCCAGGGGUUGUUUUAUCCAGGGACUGUAGGAUCCAGGGGUUGCAGGAUCCAGGGGCUGCAGGAUCCAGGGGCUGAGCAGAGCUGACACGGAGCUGCUCCCAGGUGUCACAUUUGUGCAUCCUCUGGGUCCCUCUGCCGCUCCAGGGCCUUGCACGUUGUCCUCAAUUCCCAUGGGACACGGGAACAUUCGGGGAAUUUGGGCACUCCUGUUUUUGGUUUUUUUUACCACGUGCUUUUCACUCCCAACACAUCAACCUCGGGCCGUUUGUUGCUGUCAGGGGCAUUUUUUAACUUCCAGCGUGAUGGAUGCGUUCGGAAUAUUUAUGGAGCCGCAGGAGUGGCGGCAAUUCCCUUCUGCUGCAGGACAGGGCGGGAAGGGUCCCGGCAGAGGGGCCUCGUUAGCCCCAAUUAAUUACCCCAGGCUCCCCCUCCAGGCUGGGUGUGAUGUUUGUGUGGAGGUCCGAGCGCCUGUUUUAUAGCAGAGGCUGGAGAAGGGAAGGAGCCCGGCGCUUUCGGGGGGGCUGGUUGGGUUUGGGGCGGAUUUUUUAAGGUGAAAUAAAUUUGUGUCCUCUCCAAAGGCGGCGGCUGGGGGUGUGUGUGUCACCGCGCGCCGCGCUGGCGGCUGGAAAAUCUGUGGAACCGUGGAACUGGUCAGGUUGGAAAAGCCCUCUAAGGUCACCCAGCCGUCCCCAGCAGUGCCAAGGCCACCACUGAUGUCCCCAAGUGCCACCUCCACUGGGCUUGGUCCCAA